UUCAAUAAUGGAUCCUGAAAGAAAUGUUAAGCGCCUCCGGAAGCUAUUUGGCGUUUCCCGUACUAUAUUAAAACGGGCAGCAAGGCGUCCUAGUGUAAGCGAUCAGGAACGUGAAGAACAGCAGCGGAAACGAUUUCAAUUUCUUCGUGAAAUGCGUCAGCAGCGGAUCUCUAGCCUUGGUGCUAAUCACCGGUAUGUUUUAGAAAUAUGUGCAGAUAUGUGUGGCUUAGACACAGAAGAAGUGGUCACAGGGGUUGUGGACGAAAAUAAAUAUGUCGAGAAUUUAAAUGGACUUUUUAAUGAAAGAGGCCCAAUGGCAAUAAUGUUGAGUAACGCAGAAAUGAUAGGCUAUCCCACCGAAUCUGGACGUUAUCAAGAAAAGCUUAAGUAUACCGAAAUACAGCGAACUAUCUGUUUACGAGCCGACUCAGUGGACAUGAUUGGUAAAUGGAUGGUGGUUUAUCGGCACCACAAUGACAGGUCCAUUGAAAAUCGUUCAGUAAGCGAUGAGGUGGCAAUGUUUAUGAUUAACGCAGAAGAGCGAAACGCAUGUUUAAAUGUAGUUAAAACCUUUAUCGAUUUUGUUUUAAAACCAUCGGUUGAGGCUGUAACAGAGUUUGGUCUGGCGGAAAAAGAACAACUUCAAAAGUUUUUUCAUAUACUAAAUAUGUAUAAUACCUUUCUAAAAUCCUCAGAAGCCACUGUCUCUUCGCGUGUACACUUUGAUGUGUCUCAUGACCUAUUUAAGGGGUUUUUACUAGUAAGAUGGCAAAUUGAAGCAAGCUCAAAAAUAGUGACGCGUGUACGGCUAGUUGAGAGGUACUUUGAACAAUGGCUCAGACAAAUCCAGGGGAUACUUGUGGAAGGAAAACAAAUUCAGCGUGACACUCCAGAUGUAGGUCCAUUACAAAUGUUGGUUAAUUGGCGACGAAUGCUGGCAAGAUAUACUUCAAUUACAGAGUUUGUCACAUCACGAGCAUUUAAUAACCACAAAGACUGUUUGACCUUAUCUAGAUCAUCAAAGCUAUUGAAUCUUUCAUUGACGGAACGCCUUGCUCUUAUGUUAUUAUUGGUGAAAUGAAAUGCCG